AACUUUACUCAGACUUCAGGCGAGAGAAAGAUCGCUUGUGUGGUGUGGUGUGGUGGAUUUUUUUAAAAUUUAUAUACUUUAAACGGUGUCAUAGCUCUAAUUUAAGUCUUUAAGUGCAGGUUUUAUUGCAUAAAACAGUAAAGCAGUAAAAUUUGUUAUUUUACGUUCAUUUAAAUUCACUUUUAAAUGUGUUGAACUUGAUUUCUUCUUAAAGUGUCGACGGAAAUUAAGUUAGACUGUUUUGUUUUGGGUUUGUAAGUGUGUAUUGGGUUUAGAUUAGAGUGAAUUCGUCUUGUCAUUAUUACGCUAAACCAAAAUUAAAUCAUGCUUCGGAACAACGUUACAAUAGAAACCUGCGAUCUGUCAAACUGCAUCGAGUUCAUUAAAGAUCAGCUGUAUUUUGCUAUUCUUCAUCAGAAGGUGAAAAGCACUCCUGAAAGGCACUGUUUCUGCAUCGAUGAAGAGCUUUCCUAUGAGAACUUCUAUGCGGACUUUGGCCCGCUCAACCUGGCCAUGUUUUAUCGCUUCUGUUGCAAGCUCAACAAGAAGCUGAAGUCUUGUGCUCUUGCAAAGAAGACAAUUGUGUUUUAUACAUGUGGUGACAGAAAGAAACAAGCCAAUGCUGCGUAUUUGAUCGGCUCUUAUGCUGUAAUGCAUCUACAGAAAACACCAGAAGAAGCAUACAGCCUUCUGGCUUCUCAAAAUGCAUCUUAUCUUCCUUUUCGAGAUGCAUCUUUUGGAACUUGCAUGUACAAUCUGAAUAUCCAUGACUGUCUGCGGGCCGUUUACAAGGCUCUGCAGUUCGGCUGGCUGGAUUUCUCAAAGUUUAAUGUGGAGGAAUAUGAACAUUAUGAGAGGGCUGAAAAUGGAGAUUUCAACUGGAUAAUUCCAGGAAAAUUUUUGGCUUUCAGUGGCCCUCAUCCAAAGAGCAAAAUUGAGAAUGGAUACCCUCUUCAUGCCCCUGAAGCAUAUUUCCCCUACUUCAGGAAGCACAACAUCACCACCAUCAUCCGGCUCAACAAGAAAAUGUACGACGCCAAGCGUUUCACAGACAUGGGCUUCAAGCACCACGACUUGUUCUUUGUAGAUGGCAGCACGCCCAACGACGCCAUCGUCACCAAGUUCCUGAACAUCUGCGAGAAUGCUGAUGGAGCCAUUGCGGUCCACUGCAAAGCCGGUCUGGGUCGAACAGGGACACUGAUUGGCUGUUACAUGAUGAAACACUUCCGACUGACGGCAGCUGAAGCCAUCGCGUGGAUCAGGAUCUGUAGACCCGGUUCAAUCAUUGGACCUCAACAGAACUUCGUUGACGAAAAGCAGGCGAGUCUCUGGGAAGAGGGUGAUUUGCACAGGCAAAAAAUAACUGAGCAGGAAAACGGCUUGAGUAAAACAGCAGUGGCUGGAAUCCUGUCUGGAGUGGAAGAUAUUUCCAUCAACGGUACAAACAAGAAUAUUUCACAGAGAAAAACAACCUCUGAAAUGCACACUGAGGAAGAGGAAGAGGAGUGCGGUGGACUCACGCAAGGCGAUAAACUAAGAGCUCUGAAGAGUAAGAGGCAGUCCAGAGCAUCAACGGGUUCAAUAUCGUUAGAAGAAAAUACUAUUCAUACUAAAUCAACAUCAAAGUCUUUAAGCUCCGAUAAAAGAAAAAGAACCCGGGCUUCACUUGGAUCCAACAGGACCAGUAGCCCUUUACAUUCAAGGCUCGCUAAAUCUUUAGGCAGCUUGCACGUAACGGCCUGUGAAAAGGAUCACGUGUUUUCUGACGUUAGUGCUGUGGCCAACAAUAAUUUCAUCAAGCAGUCGAACUUAAAGCUCUUAAACCCAGUGAACAGUCAGCCGCACGCGGCCCAGAGAUCACUGCAGCUCUAUGGCCACAGUCUGAGUUCCCUCAGCUCAUAACUCCAUCUCCAAAGCUCGAGCUCCUCUCCUGCGCUGAAACCCGCUGUGGAUCCAGUAAAGACCAACAUCACUGCACUGAUGUCAUUCUAGUUUUACUACUUGAUGGUUUUGUCUACUAUAAACCACAUUCAACCUGUGUUUGGAAAAUCGGCAUAUGUUAAUCAUUUUUAUUUUAUCAUGAGAAACAAUGAGUUUAUUUUUAAAUCAGAGAGCUUUAAGCAUCUGUGAAGUUUGACUUUUUAUGCCAUUGUAAAUAUCAUGAGCGUCAGAAGCUGCCUUUGUCAUUAUGCUUUAAUACUAAACCUGUAAUAUCAUUUUUUUAACACUGUAUCUAGUACUUCAUUUGCUUUAUUUGCAGAAAUGUGACAGACUGUAAAUGACCGAAUGUGAAUCAUACUGUGCUAAUCAUGACUGAAAGCUGUAUAUAGGCUGGAGUUUGAUAGACUAAAAGGACUGUUUUUUUUUUUUUUUUUUUUUUUUUUUUUUUUUACUGUAAAUACUGCAUACCUUUAUUUUGAUGACCAAAUUUAAAUCAUGAUUUCACUUGUGUAUAUAAUAGGAAAGGAUUUAAGUCAUACACCUUUUAAUAAAUCCUUUCUGAUGUUGUAAAUGUGGCUAAUGAAUGAAUGUUAUUAUAUAUUUCUGUAUGUUUAAUCAGAUUUUAGGCGUUCGUUUAAGAGUACUUGCUUUAGGACCCAUUCAUUUCUACAUAAAUAUGAGUUAUAGUUAGCAAAAAGUAAAACAAUGAAAAAAAAAAAA